AUGAUUGACCUGAUCGCGCGUGUCGUACGAGGCGAAGCAGAGGGGGUGUUCGACUUCGCCUGCGGGUCUUUGAAGCAGCCGAUAUCUGUCUUCCGCGAGAUCGCGCAGAUGAGGACAGACAUCGAUUUUUAUAGUUAUGCAUGGAAAACAGAAGACAGAGAACGAAGUGUAAGAACAGCGACUGUCGUAAAGGCAAGCACAUUUUGUCCUAGGUGGAGAAGAGUUCCACGACCAGACUCUAAUGUCAUCUAGUAUAGUAAUCUUCGAAAAGCUUUAUACAUUCAUAGUAAUCCUAAUCUUUAGAGAUAUAUGUUGUUCAGCCUCUGCCUCAACUACAACCAUCCUCACCGCGAUCUACCCAUCUUUUCCUCAGUCAUCAUCUAAGCUAGAAAGCAGGAAAGCACGUUGAAGGAUUUUUCAGACACAGACGCCAGCAAUUCUCCAAAGAAAGCGCUAAAGAAGAUAAGAAUAGUCUAUUACGUGCGAGCGUUGACUGCGGUGGUGGCAUUGGGUACACUAACCGUAAAUAGAUUUCUCCCAACAACGACCUCUUGCCAGGCACAUCAAUCAAUCAAUCAAUCAGUCUGAGUCUCGCGACUAUUCCUACUUGAUCUGCUCUCGUUCUUAGAGUCCGUCACUCAAUCACCCAGAUUCGCUCGUCCUGUCAGGAUAUUCCUACUCCUCAUAUUAUACUUCGAGUAAGUCUAAACCAAAACCACAACCUAAGUACUCAACAGGUAUGAUCUACACCGCGUUCUUUUCUUUCGUUUUGCAGCGGUUUGCUUUAUACAACGACUUUGCAGCUGAGUUGUAUGGCAGAAAGGUCGCAGAAAUGCCGCCGAUGCAAUACCUGGGCUGGCAGGUAUUGGACCAAUGCGGUACGUGGUGUCUGGACGAAAACUCGAAAACGGCACUGAUCGAAUCAGACUUGCUUGUAAGGUCGUCGUCGUUUUUGUUCAUCUCGUUGACGUUCCUUUAUUUCUCCACUCUUCUACAAUACUAGCACCAAAACACUUCUACUUCCAAACCCUCUCCACUUUAAUACUCGACAUUGUGGAGGAAGACGAGCGGAAAGGAUAUCAUAUGAUGGAUUCCUUGUUGUACUACGACGACGAGGACCCGCUGGCUGACCCUCUACAACUAUCUUCCACAGACUUAUCUCCAAGUCGAGAACCACUACAGGAGAUUGGCGCGGAUUCUGUUGAUGUUGUUAUGGUGAAAAAGAUAAAAAAUUCUCCUGAUAUUUUUCUUACUCCUUAGGUAUCAACGUCAGAACAAUUUUUUGAUUCUCAACAAACUCCUCGAGUACGUAGCAUCAUGAUCACUGAUUCAUCUAAGAACUCUAAGCACGAGGCCCAGGAACGCGAGGAACAAGAAAAGGAAACUCCAGUCGUGCAGGCAAGCAUCGAUGACACCAACACAGAGCAAAAUGCGGCGCCGACAACAUCACUGGAGGAUGAAAAUGGCGCGGAGCCGGGUGGGCAGUUGUGAGGCUACUCCUGCGACUCUACACACAUCUAGUUAAUAUUUGAACUGAGAUCAUGCGACUUGUUUUAUUUUCAUUACUGAACCGCUUUGGACCAUCACUGGCCCGGGGACGUGACAAAAGGACAACUUGGACAACUUAAAACUCAACUAUUUUCAUCAUCUGGCUGAGGCAGUUCUAAUUCUUGUUAUUCGCGGACUAGAAUCCGACUCCAAAGAACUUAUUUUUAUAAAUAAGGUAAUGUGUACAGUGAACUGAAACUUGACGACAGCAUUUUUUUACUUUUUCAUCAGACAAGAAGACAAAAGAACGGUGGUAUGAAUAUGAAAUUCGAAGAAAGCACACUACAACUUGUAGUUGUUCAGGACGUGUAGUUGUCAACAGUUUACUGUUUAAGGAAAACAGGAGAACAAGUAGCUCCCUUCAAUUAGAUCAACCACAACCUCUUGUCAGGCCAUCAAUCAAUGAAUCAACCGAAUAAUUUUGAACAAAAAGAUGCUGAUUGUUGCUUUCAAGUUGCUUGCAGCACUAUUUCUCUUUUCCUGAUUCGUUAUCAGAUUCGUUAUCCUUUUUCCCGACACCAAAUCGACGACGUUUAUCAGUCAAAGUCAUCUUGUUAUGAGUCAUCUUUUUGUACCUCCUACCUAGGAAGUUUUCCAUUAGAUAGUUCCGAUUCAUUUGGAUUUCUUCCUGUUUCGACAAACGAAGAGAAGGUCUUCAUCCGUCGUAGUGCGAGACAUUGAAGGCGGAAGCACAAAUAAAAUCAAAUGAACCCACUGUUGAAGGACGAUUUUUCCAAUAAUCCCUUAGCGACGGACUAACAUCCCAAUUUCGUGAAGUAAAAAUGUAUUGAUAAUCAGUUAUCUUCACCGACCAAGACAGUUGUAGUCUGAAUAUUAGUUUCAGAAAUUAAUGAAAACGAAAACAU